AUGUCCAGCCUCACCCUUGCUCAGAGCGACACCAUGUCCGCUCCCCUCACAUCCGAAUCUUUCACCAGCUCACUCUGCUCGACAACUACCGUUAACGGCGACACUGAGCAUAACAAAUCUGUCCCUCCCCUUCCUGAGCUGAGCCAGCCUAAGAAGUGGUCGCUUCUCGCCCUCCUCUCACUGGGUCUCUUCGUCGACAUCUGGUCUUAUUCAGCCUUCUAUGUGCUGACAGGGCCCAUCUCGUCUGAUCUAUCCGUCGCCAUUGAACAACAGUCAUGGGUGAUCACCUCGUACGCCGCCACAUUCUGCGCUUUCCUCCUCUUCUGGGGACGCGUCUCCGACCUGGUCUCGGCCAAGUCCGUCUUCUCCUUCAACUUUAUGGCCCUCGGUAUCCUCAAUCUCGUCAUCUCCUUCCUACCCGACAAGUACUCAUUCUUCGUCGUACGGGUCAUCAGCGGGAUCGCCGGGGCAGCACUCAUCCCGGCGUCCUAUAGACUGAUCGUGGCGAUCUUUGAACCCCAGGAGCUUUGCAAGGCGUUCAUCGUCUACGGGAUCUCGAGUGUGCUGGCGAAUACCUCGGGUAUCGUCGUGGCUGCUCUCCUGGAGUUCAUCGCGAACGAGGGGCAGAUGGUGGCGUGGCGGUGGUUCUUCCGGAUCUUGGCGGCAGUCAUUCUUCCUUUCGCCUUUGGAUCAUUAUACUGGAUCCCAGCCCCCAGGCCCCGCGCCACGCCACUAGACAACAUCUGGAAGCGUCUCGACCUCGUCGGCUCACUCUCCAUGCUAUCGGGCAUCUUACUCCUGAUCCUCAGCCUCACGCUCGGCGCGUCAGAUGGCUGGCGCACCCCCGGCGUCCUCGUCCCCUUCCUCCUCGCCUUCCUCCUCUUUCCCUUCUUCUUCAUCUGGGAGAGUCGCAUCCCCGCCGAACACGCCCUCCUACCACCGGCCACAUGGCAUAUCCCCAACUUUGGCAUCUUCAUCGCUUUCGCCCUCUACAUCUAUGCGUGGUGGUCCCUCACCUAUCUCCCCUUCAUCGAGACGUUUAUCCAUACCCAUGGCGACGACACCAUCGUAGCCGCAGCUCGUAUGCUGCCCCAGGGAUUCGCAGCCGGAGCGAUGACUAUCUUCCUCACCGUCUACCCGCAAUUUGUCGCUCAUCCCCGCUGGCCCAUAACGCUCGGUAUGAUAGCCGGCUUCGCCGGCUACAUCCUCUUUAUCUUCAGCGAGGGCAUGAUCGGCGAUCGCUACUGGAUCUUCACCUUCACCGGCUCCAUCAUCGGCUCAGCCGGCACAUCGCUCGUCUUUACAGCUACCAACGCAGGCAUCAUGACCGCGGUCCCGCCCGAGAUGGCUGGUGUGGCGGGAGCGGUGUUACAGGUGGCGCUGCAGGUGGGCUCGGCGGUGGCGCUCAGUAUUCAGGCGGGACUGCUCACUGUCGAGCCGGGAAACAACACGAACUGGGUGAACGUCAGGGCGUCGUUUAUCUUUGUUCUGGGAUGGGGGAUGGUCUGGCUUGUCGGCUUUUUGGUAUUCUAUCGGCCGGUCAGGAAGUUUGGUCGGGAGGAAGAGGCGCAGAGGGAGAACAAGGUGGUGCCGCACAUGUAG